AUGGCGUCCGAAUCGCUUAACCAGUCUGAGGCAGAUGUCCGCGGCCAAAACAAUCGCGGCUCAUCUCCACAGCGUCCUGAGGGUACCCCAUAUGCAACUCGCGCCGCUGCUGGGGCAAAAGCCGCAAGCGCAUUCUUCCCUUUGGGAUACAAAGAAGGCUUCAGCCAAUGGUGGGCUCGAAUACCUGCCGCCAACGCGGAACACAAAGUUCUUUCCUACCUACCGUACCUAGGUCAGCAAGUCCCGACCCACCUACAGACAGGUACAACAUCAGACUUCCCGAAUGGAAGCAUCCCGAGCAGCCUCCAAACCGCAGACCACAAUCAGCAAGGCGAAAUAUCCACCAACUCUCGCGAUGAUCCUUACGGCCCCCGCCGAUGGAGUUCCAGCAUGGUGGAGCUAAGCGGGAAAUAUCGGGCUCUAAACGAAUUCUCAGUGGAGAGAGUCGGUGAAGAAGCUGACCAGCACCUCGUAAUGCUACACGGAUACGGAGCUGGUCUGGGAUUCUUCUACAAGAACUUCGAACCAUUGAGUCGUCUGAAGGGAUGGCAACUUCAUGCGCUCGAUAUGCUAGGCAUGGGCCGUAGCACUCGUCCACCAUUCAAGAUUAAAGCCAAAGAGCGCGAAGAAGCUAUUCGUGAAGCUGAAGCAUGGUUCGUCGACGCGCUAGAAGAAUGGCGUAUUAAGCGCAAAAUCGAUCGAUUUACUCUCCUUGGCCAUAGUCUUGGAGGUUACAUGGCCGUUGCGUACGCUCUUAAGUACCCCGGCCACCUUAAUAAGCUCAUCCUUGCGUCCCCCGUCGGUAUCCCCGAGGACCCAUACGCAGUCACUGCAGACGUGACCGAGCCAUCUGAUUCCACACUCCCCAAUGAACUAACCCAGGACCAACGAGAAAUCACAGCUUCAGCAGCAACACCAGGCACAGCACCAAAGACCAGCGAUGGAAGCUUCAUUACGGGCCGAAACCCCGAUCCAAAGACAAAGGAGCCACCACGCCGGAAUAUGCCGAAAUGGUUCGCUUAUUUAUGGGAAGCUAAUAUUUCCCCAUUUAGUCUUGUGCGCUGGACAGGUCCUUUCGGUCCACGUAUAGUAUCAGGCUGGACGUCGCGUCGCUUUUCACAUCUCCCCGCUGAAGAAGCUAAGGCACUGCACGACUACUCUUAUUCUAUCUUCAGUCUUCGUGGAAGUGGUGAAUAUGCGCUGGCGUAUAUCCUCGCACCUGGCGCAUUUGCACGCAGCCCUCUCAUUCGUCGCAUCGAUGGCGUAGGACGCCAGUUGAUUCAAUCGGGCAAUAGCCCACUUCCAACCACUACAAUGGCUACCUCUUCUCCGUGCUCUAUCCUCGCAAAGGCUGCUUGCCAAAAGGCCACACCAGAAGACGCAUCCACUCCUCCUCCUGUCUCUGUUUCAAAUGCCCCGUCUGAGCCUCCAGCUGCUCGACGGGAAACUGGUCUCCCCAUUGUCUUCAUGUAUGGUGACCACGACUGGAUGGAUGUUUCCGGUGGCCAUGCUGCUGUAACUCGUUUAGAAGAAGAGAAGCGCCGGGCACUGGCUGAUGCUUCACCUGAAGAACGACAGAAAGAACAAGGAUCUGCUAAGGUUGUUGUCAUCAAGAGAGCAGGACAUCAUCUAUACUUGGAUGGAUGGGAAGAUUUCAAUCGGGUGAUUUUGUCCGAGAUGGAAGAUGUUGAUUUGCGGGAGAGGGCGUCAUCAUAA